AUGGAAAAUACUAACAAGGCACAUUUCCUGUCCUCCAAAACCGUCGUGAUCGCAGGAGCAGGAGUCGCAGGGCUCAGCCUGGCGAUCGCUCUGGCCCAACAAUUCCCGCUCGAGGAUGUGCAGACACAAAGACCGCGAAUACUGGUAUACGAGCGCGACAGCGAGGCCGACCGCAUCGCCGGACGCCAGGGCUACUCGCUGUCGCUGCGGACGGAUAGCGACCCGGGCGGCAUCCAGGUGCUGGAGCGGCUGGGCCUGUACAAGCGGAUCCGAAGCGUGAGCGUCAACGCCCACGAUAGCGAGGCCGACCGCGGCUGCUUCAACAUCUGGGACCAGGACUUCAACCCCGUCCUCCGCAUCCACGGCCGGCCCGUCGGUCCCAAGGGUCUGCUCGGCAUGAGGGUCGGCCGGGGCGCGCUGCAGUGCGAACUCGCGGCCGCUGCGGUCGAGGCGGGCGCCGAGAUCCACUGGUCGACGGCGGUCAUCGGCGUCAAGCCGUUGCUUGGGACCGGCACCACGCCGCCGGUGGGCCAGGUCGAGAUCUCCCUGAGUGACGGCGCGGCCGUGGUCGCAGACCUCCUGAUCGCGGCCGACGGCUCGUCCAGCAAGAUCCGCUCGCUGCUGCUCCCGUCGCACGGCCUCGACUACACGGGCAUCUACCUGUGGGGCGGGACUGGGGUGUUCGCCGAGCGGACUCAAAUCCCGCGUCCCGUCGACCGCGACUGGGGCGCCGUGCUGGGCGGCCAGGGCAUCGGGCUGUUCGUGUCGCCCAUCGACUCGACGUCCGCGCUGUGGUCGAUGAGCCGCGCCAGCCCGACUCCGCAGCCGUCGCUCCGCCAUCCACUCACCCAGGACCAGAUCGACGCCAUGAUUGAUGAGUCCAUUCAGCUGAGCGCACGCUUCCACCCGCUCGUGCGCGACUUGGUCCAGGUCUCGGAUCCCAGCUCGCUGAUCCAGUUGAAUGCUAUGGAUCGGCCGCCGUUCGCGCACGAUGUUGGCGCGCUCGGCCCUGUCGUCUGGAUCGGCGAUGCGAAUCAUGCGGUCAGUCCGUUUGCCGGCAACGGCGCUAAUAUGGCGCUGAUGGAUGCGUGGGAUCUGGCCGAGUGCUUAAAGUGCGCGGCUACGUUGCAGGACGCCAUUGUGGCGUAUGAUGCCAGGGUGCUGCCGAGGGGCAAUGGGGUGUUGAAAGCGUCGAGGUGGACGAUUGACAUUUCACAUGCUAGUGGUUGGAAGUUUUGGCUGUAUCGGUAUGCGUUGUGGGUGGUGAGUCUGUUCGUGAGAGUGCCCGUGUGA